CCCGCCCAUGCCAUCGACCGAGGCCGAGCCCAUGGACGUCGAGACGACUGACGCUGACACCCCUACGGAGACCCCGCGCACCCCUCAUGACCUGAUGGCGGACGCGGUGACCAAGCUCGAGCGGACGGUGGCGCACAAGACGACCCGCCAUGUCGGACGUGUGGCUCGUGGGGUGGCGCUCCGGUUUGCGGUGGAGGGCAGUGUGCUGGGCGAGUUUGCAAAGGAGAAGCUGGGAGAGGCGCAUCCGCUGGCGGUGGGACUGGUGGCAGUGCUGAAUGGGAGCGAUGCUGAUGGGGCGGAGUUUGCUGAUGCAGAUGUGGCGAGCGAGGAGGUGGAGGGAGUGCUCCCGGAGAUUCGGGUGUACAUCCACCUGCUUGCGGUGGUGAGCCUCAUUGCAGAGGGCCGGCACGUUGCGGCUGUGGCGGUUGCGCAGCGGCUGGAGGCGUAUGUGCAGGAGCAGCAGCGGUUCACGCUUGUGCCGCUGGCCGGCAAGGUGUACUACUACUUUGCGCGUGCGCACGAGCUUUGCGGGUCGUCGGCAGCGGGGCGGGCGACGCUGCUUGCGGCGCAGCAGCGGGCGUCGCUCCGCGGCGAGGACGAGGUGUCUGCGGUUGUGGUCAACGCGCUGCUCCGGUCGUACCUCGCAGCGGAUCAGUACGACCAGGCACACAAGCUUGUGCUCAACUCGCGGUUCCCUAGCAAGGCGUCGUCGAACCAGCUCGCGCGGUACCACUACUACAUGGGCCGGAUUGCGGCUGUGCAGCUCAAGUACAAGGAGGCGCACAAGUUCCUCGCCGAAGCAGCGCGCAAGGCGCCGCAGUUUACGGCACUCGGGUUCCGUGCGGCAAUCCACAAGCUGCACUGUGUGGUGUACCUGCUCCGGGGCGAGCUGCCGGACAAGGCGACGUUCCGGCACCCGCAGUUUGCGGAACUCCUUGCACCGUAUCUGGAGCUCGCGCUCGCGGUGCGUGUGGGUGAUCUCAACGGGUACAACGCGGUGCUGGAGGCGCACGCUGCGACGUUUGCGGGCGACCGUGUGCUCUCGCUCAUCAAGCGACUGCGGCUCUCUGUCCUCCGGACCGGGCUCCGCAAGAUCAACAUGGCGUACUCGCGGAUCUCGCUUGACGACAUUGCGGCCAAGCUCGGGCUCGCGUCGCGCGGCGAUGUGGAGUUUAUCGUGGCCAAGGCCAUCCGCGACGGCGUGAUGGACGCGGUUGUUGACGCGGAGACCGGAGUUGUGACGACCAACGAGGUCGGCGACGUGUACUCGAGCUCUGCGCCGCUCGACGAGCUCUCGCAGCGGAUCAGCUUUUGCUUCUCGAUCCAUGACGAUGCGGUGCGGGCGAUGCGGUACCCCGACGUCAAGAGUAAGGCUGUUGUUCGGGGGGAUGCUGACGAGGAGGACGUUGAUGAGCUCGAUCUUGUGGAUGCGCUCCUUGAUGAUGAGGAUGAUCUCGAGGAUCUGUAAACGUGUGGACAGUG